AUCGAGUGGAUAUCGGAGCUGAGACAGUCCUCUGUUCGGCAGUUGUCUUACCCGUUUGCGGAAGGUGCUUCCUGGAAGCCCAGGCACACUGAGCAACACUAGUCAGGUGGUGCAGCACACAUUUUGCGAGUUCCUUUUCCGGAGCCACACUUUCUUUCUCCAGUACGUCACUCUAAGCGCGGAAAACUAAUUUCUUAGUAAAUUUCUCACUCGUGUGUGCAUGCCGUGGUCCGCCUUCCGCGACGGCAGUCGUCGUGUAUCACGUUCGCAUAACAAGCAUGUUCGAUACCAAGUUGCCCCGCCAGCAAGCCCCAGAUAUUUACGAAACACACCCAACGAGAUGCACACUGGCCAGAAAGCCGCCUUGACACUGAUCGUUGGUGUGUGUUUGCGUGUCUCUUGGCAGCUUCAUCAACGAGUGGUGGCUCUUCAUGACAAUGGAUUUUCGCACGAGACACGCCUGUUUGCUCGAUGAAUUUGAGCUGUGCUUCUCUCCCGAUCAGGUGUUAUGAACUGCGUCCUGGAGCGCGAAGUAGUUGUUUUUUCCAUACAGGGUUUAACCAUCGGCCUUUAGUAUGGGCCCUCAGUGCACGGUACUGAAUAUCCCCAGAAGCCGAAUUGCAAUUUCGCGGCGUGACUGCCCCCUUUCCUGUGCUUUGGAACUCUACCCUCAGUCUCAGUGGCUGUAUGCUUCCUGAUGGGCGCCUCUGUUGACUGCUACGCUGUAUCUCGACUCUUUUUCCUCUCCUUCGUCGCUGCACUUGUGGUUUCCGGCUGCGGGAGUGUGGUCUUCCCAGUCAGAGGUCGCGUGUUGUCUCAAAAUUGGAACUUCGCGGGUCCCCCCCACGCCCACUUUGAGGCUGAUCAUGGUCGCCAUGUGGCGCUCUGCUCUUCCAGUGCCGGUCUCAAGAAUGCAGACCAUUCGAAGGCCUUGCACAUGACCUCGCACUCGGCGCUUCUAGGCUUCCAGCCGAAAGCCAGUUUUUGCUCAUCUGCUGUUCCGGCCAUUCCUCAGAUAUCCGGGCGCCGGCUGCCCUCGGCGGCAGAGACUUUCUGCCGGUGUUUAUCCAUUUUCGUUUCUUUCUUUGGGUCCCGCUGCUUUCAGAGCAGCUCCGCUUUUCGAGCAAGACCCAGCGCGUUUGCGUACCUGCAUGCGCCUGCUGGCCGGCUUCUGCGUCUGCGAUGGCUGUUGCGUGCAAGUUCCCAAAGGGCUUCCCUGUGCUCUCCUCUCAGGAACUGCGGAUUCGAUAGGCAGUCUGCGAUCUCUUGGAAAGACAAUCGUGAACAGCUGCACAGGCUUGCCCUGUCGAGAGUGUGCGCUGAGACGACAAGCCGUGAUGGCGACUCAGACGGGACAGGGGAUCCGCACGGGACUUCCCCCUCGUGUGACACAAGACGGGAAGACCAUAAUCUGAACGAUUUUGGAGGGUCUUUUGCAGAAGAGAGCAGUGAACCCUCUAUGCCAGAGCCGGAUAGCUCGUCUGACCAGGCACGGAAGAUCGGAGGCCCUGCCUUUUCCACUCAAACGGACGGCUCAACCAAUUCGAAUGAACCCGAUGGCAUUUUGCAGGUUUCAUCUCCAGUGACUUCUGCUUCUGCGUGCCGACCGGUUUUUUCUCCCCGCGUGUAUAUGCCGAUUCCUGAGAUUGUCGCGCCUCCUGGCCGGGCCUAUCCGUUUCCUCUGCCUCAGUUGUCGUCGAGAAUUACUGGAGUUCCGGAUGCGCCGAAGUCGACAAAGCACGGGCAUGCGGAAGACCUCUCCUCUCGCUCCUGCUCUCCGGCGUCUCUCCCUCGCCCCUCGUACCUGCGGCUGCUUCCGCACUACCCGCGAAUUGAUCCGCCACCGGUAGACGACGGUUUGCUGGAGGAAAUUUUCUCGGCCGUGUCUCGGGAGGAACUCCACACUUCUCUGGAGAAGUUGCAGGACUCAAAGUACAUCGAGUGGCUUCUUACGCCGCACAGGUAUCGCGACACGGAGGGCUUCCUGGCUGCAACUGACCCGGACACACUGCGAGCGCGUUUCCCCCGCGUGUACACACAUCACAGAGAACAGCUGGAUCGCUGGCUUGAGGGCCUUCGUCGUCAGCCGAGCAGGUCCGUGCGCCUGCCCGCACUCACUCAGGAGGAAAAAGACAGGCUUUUGACGCUAAAGGUCCCAAAGCGCUUCCUUGCCAGGCGCCCUGAAAUACUGGAGAAGCCUGUCAAGGCUCUGAAGUGGAAAGAAGGGGUCCUCGCGGCUGACCGCGAUCUCAUCGACGCAGGUGGCCCAGGCGGAUUUGUGAGGAAUCUCGAGGUCGAGGCGUGGGCGGCGCUUUUCCCGGUCGACGACGAAGGACACAGCCCUCCAACAGGCGCCGACGCAGCCAGGAGGAGACUUGAACUAGCUACCAGGCUGCAGAUCCGCGAGUGGCAAGAAGAACGAAGGGCCAUGGAGGAGGCAGCUGGGCAGAGGCUGCAACGGCAGGGCGGCGGGAAUAUAGGAGGGAAUCACAGUGACGAACACCAAGCAACACAAUCGUCAAAGGAAGGAGAAAGCAAGAGCCAAGCGACAGACGAGCACUUUCGGGACUCCCUGCGAACCGCGCCAAGCGCAACUUCGCGCGACAACGAGGAAGGAAAGGAACUACGGAUGAGUGCCCGUGUUCGAGAAGCCGCAGAAGCGCUGGCGAAACAGCAAAUGCUAGCGAGCAUGGGCCUUCCGUCCUCCGUCCAGGCGCUCAUAGCUCGAUACGGACACAUCACGCCGGACAGUCCAACUAUGGCGGCUCCAGAAGCGAGGAGUGCCUUGCAGCUCCUGCAGCGUGCGGUGGUUGACUCGGAGACGUUUUUGCUCGGCCGCCUCCACCGCGGUUUGCAGUCUGAAGAAGAUAUUCAAGUGGUUCGAAACAUUGUUCAAACGUACCGCGAGAGACACGCAGCUCAUGGCCGACCGCCGCCGAGAACUGGACACCCCGUGGAGUUCACCCCGGCGAUGUUCCAAGACUGGGAAGAGGCAGAAACCUACAAAGAGGUGCUGGCAGUUGCGACAGAAGCGACAAAGAGGCGGCUGGAAGCCGCUCUCACGGUGGUGGAACGAGCAAAGGGGAAGGAGGGAGACGAGGGCUCGAGGAAGACGGGCGACGGAGCAAGGCAGGAAACAAAGUCAAAGGGGACUUUGUUGUAUGAAGCUGGCACAGAAAAAGAUAAACGGAGAGAAUACCCGACACGAGCGAAGUGCGGUGAAGGGGGACGCCCUGAUGCGCUCCCCGUUCCCGCACGGCUUCUUCAGGGGGCUGCAGCUGCUGCGAAAGGCGGUAUCGGCGCGAGGGCUCUGGAGGCAGUUCAAUGGGUGCUCGGCGAAGAAAUCCGGAAGGAGCAGCUCAGACGGGAUAACGAGGAGUACCACUCGAUGGUGAGCGCGAUGGAACACAACGUGAAGCGCGCACGCGACGAACGCGAACGAGAGUUAAUGCGCCGUGAUGAGGACCUCAACCUGCAGGAGCUGAGGGAACAAAAAACUGCGCAAACGAAACCAGACGGAACCAAUGGCUCAGGAGACCGCAGCAGCCUGGGAACGCGCCAGGGGCAACGUCAGUCCCGUGCUGAGAAAGAACCCACAGGAGACCAGAAGUCUCUAGAUGGACGUCAGGCUCUGCCCACUCACGAGGAGGUGGCUGUGGACAGGCUGAGGAAGCUCUCCAAAGACUUGGGAGAAGCAUCAGGCCUAUAUUAUGAGUUCGACAUCGAAACGCAAGGACGGGACCCUUCUGGUGAUUCAAAGGUUUCAGACGGCAGCGAAGCCACGCAAGAUGCGGGCAGAGACACAAAGCCUGUUUCAGCUUCGACCUCGGUCGUCCAGUCGCGUGGUGCCAGCGAAGGAACAGACGGCAGGCCUCUCGAUGCGUCUGCGGCUUCUCGUCCGGUCGGUGAUAUUUUCGCCGAGAUGGAGGAAGCGAUGCGAGCAGAAUGGAAGAGGCGCCUGGGGUACCCUUUCCUCAAGCUCUAUCCCGGGCAGCUCGUUAAAGGCAAAGUGGUGAAGGUGACGCCUUCGUUUGCCUACGUCCACGUUGGGUACGUGUGCGAGGGAGAACUGCGGCUUGAUGAGGUGCUUCUGGAGGAGGAGGAGCCCCCCAAAAACGGCCUGAAAGCUUUCUUCUCGGUCGGGGACGAUGUUUUCUGCGAAGUCAUCAAGGUUGGAGACUCAGAGCUGGUUCUCUCGCUGCAGACUCUGCGGCGAAUCGCCGCCUGGGAGCAACUCCUCGCGCUCCAAAGGGAGGACAGGGCUCUGAAGGCCACGGUGCUUCAUGCGCAUAAAGGCGGCCUGGUUGUUCGCGUGCUCGGACUCCGAGGAUUUCUACCUGUGUCGCAACUGCCCAGUUUCGUGAAGCCCAGUUCCCAGCUAGUGGGGGCGCAGCUGCGAGUUGCGCUGCUGCAGGCCGAUGUCGAAAAACAGAGACUUCUUGUCAGCAGCCGCAUUGUGCAUAUUCGCGAGCAGAUGAAACGCGUGAAGCCAGACCAAGUUGUGGAAGGAGAAGUUGUUUCAAUCCACCCCUUCGGCGUCAUGGUGCAGUUCGGCGAGUGUCGCGGCCUGCUUCAUCUCAGCGAGGUCUCUGCCGCACGCGUGGAAAGACUGGAGGAUGUUCUUCCUCUUGGAUCCCGAGUCCGAGCUCUCGUCCUUCACUACGACAAACCCACCGGCAAAAUAGCUCUUACGACGAAGCUUUUGGAGCGGUACCCGGGCGAGAUGGUGAGGGACUCUCAAGCCGUUUAUGCCGCUGCCAUGCACACCGCCGAAACGUACGCUGUGAGGAAGCGCGAAGAGAAGGCGGCCCGGCGUCAGGCCGCUCACCAGUUAAUCGCCGCGCUCGGUUUGGACCCCACUGCAGCUCUGGGGCCUGCAGGGGAACAAGCAUCUGUCGGAAGCGACGAGGAAGACGAGCACAUUGACACAAGUUAUGCACGCAACUACGUCUCAGAUCAGUCUGGAGGCCCACAUGCUUUGUGGAAAGGCAUUGGCGAUGACGACAGCAAGGUGAUGACAUUGCUGUCCCGGAAGCUUCUUGAGAAGGCAGCAGCCAGACGUCGAAAGAGCAGCGGAAGCCGGGGGAAAAGCAAGAACUUCGGUGACGAUGGAGAGGAGGACGGCGCGUCUGGAAUUGAACUUUUCCGCACAGAAAGAGAGAAAGUUCUGGAAGCUGUAAAGGCAUCAGGCAUCCAGCUCAAGGGGGCGUGGAAUGUGCCUUCUGUGUUCGAAGCGGAGUGGGAAACGGACGAGUGGCUCUUCGAGUAGAGGAUGCCGGGAGCUACAGCGAAACCAUGAUCCAGAAACUGCGUGUGCCAUCACACACAUUGUUGCCCAAGCCAAGAGGACAACCAUGCUUUCCGUCCACCAUUUCGUAGUUACGAGAGUCUUCUAGGUGAAAACGCAAUGAGAGACCUAUCCGAGUUGCCAGUGCUUAAAUAUGG